AUGGCGGGCGACACCGUGGAGAAGGUCCCAGAGAAGGACCAGGAGAAGGAGCCCAAAGAGAAAGAGCCCAAAGACAAGGAGCCCAAGGAACAGGAGGUCGUCGAAAAGACAGAGGGCAAGAGCGCAGACGGAGCUGAGGCCAAGCCGAAGCCCCAAGAGGCAUCGCCUGCCACCUUGCUUGCCUUGGUCGCAGGAUGCCUUGCAAUCGCAACAGUGUCAGCUGUGGUGUCGCAAAGCGACGUGAUGAAUGGUGGGAGCCUAAUCCGUUGGUACGACUCUCUUUGGGUUGAGCACAUCGUCCCUGCGCCGUCCGCCCCAAAGAACGUUUGCACCAUCCAGUUUUGCCAGAGCUGA